AUCAGUUUGUCUCUGUAAAGAUAAAUGAGCUGUUAAUAGCUUCAAUACAAGAGAAGAGAACGAGCUAUAGAUGUGUAAAAUAUUGAAAAAUAGAAAGAUGAGGUUAAGAUUGAGAAAGUACUCUAAAACAAUACCAGGAUGUUUUGUUAUAGUGUUCUUAUUGUAUUUAUUUUAUGUGAAUAAUUUAAGCAACGUAUCUGAAUAUAAACCUAAAAAUAGGAUUAAAAAUUUAACAUUAAGUCGUCAGGAUACUAACAGAAAGGAACAUUUGGACAAACUGUUAGAGCAUCGGAAAUUCGGCAUUUGGAAAUUAAAUAAAACCAUUUCGCAUAGUGCUAGUGGUUGUGGUCAGGUUUUGUUCGCGGUUUUAUUAGCUCGGAAAGAAAGUUGGAGUAAAGUAGACAAAAAUAGAUCGGCAUUUGUGUUUUCAGCGUAUCUUGUUAAUAGACAGAAGAUUGUUGUAAUUGGAAUUAAAGCUAUGAACAUUAAACCAUACUAUUGUCAGAUUUGGUAUCAAAAUCAAACACAACAAAAAAUGGAAAUGAAGAUUAAGCAAGCUGAAAUCAUAACCGUACCGGAGGGGCAUGGUUUAAGAUAUACGCCUGUUUUGUUUCAAUGCUUACUUUCAAAAUCAACUGGUCAUGAAUUCCCUACGCACGUCUCCAUGGUGCAAGAAAAAUGCAGGAAGCCUGAACAUUUGCUGGAACUCCACAUUGUCAAUACUGAAUAUGACCAACAUCGGGACACACAUAGAAUGUUCACUGUUUGUCUAACGCCAUUGAAUUUUCGAUAUAAUCGUGAUUAUGAAAUCAUAGAAUGGAUAGAAUUGAAUAGAAUUCUCGGCGCAGAACAAUUCAUUGUUUACAAUUACUCUUCCGGAAGUGACGUACAAAAUGUUCUAGAAUAUUACUCCAAACAAGGGAUAAUUAAAGUAGUGCCAUGGAAUUUACCGGUUAAAGUAGAUACCUUGCCAAGGUCUAAUAAUAAACCAGAACUUCAUUAUUUUGGUCAAGUUGCCGCUUUACAUGAUUGUUUGUACAGAAAUAAGGGCAUCUCGGAAUUUAUUGUAAACCUCGAUCUAGAUGAAUUCAUAAUACCACAUGAUAACAAAACAAAGUCAUGGUCAGACAUUAUUCAACAAGUUAAACAAAACUUUAACGCAUAUUUAUUCAGAAACACGUUCUUUAAAAAAGAGUGGGACAAUUCAGAUAUUGAUAUACAAAACAAAUCAUUGGUGGACAAACUUCAAUUAGUUACUCUCCAGAAGUUACAACAUGAAAAGAAAUUAUUUGCGCCAAGAAGCCGCUCAAAAUAUAUAGCCAAAACUGCAAAUGUUUCACAUUUAAUGAUACACGAAGUACCAGAUGUGAACACGAAGGUCGUGCCACCAGAAUUAGCUUUUCUUCAUCAUUAUAGAGAUUGGGGAACUAAAAAUGACUCUCCACGCAGCAGAGUGCUAGACAAUACUGUACCAAAUAAAUUUGGUAAUACUCUAGUGAAAAAUGUGCUUAAAGUCCGGAGUGAUAUUGAAAAAAUGCCCUAACAUGUUUGUUUUUGUUGCUUUUUAUUCAAGUUUUAGCUAAGCGAUUUAUUUUUUUCCCACAUUUUGCAUUAUUGCAAGCACUCCCUAAGAUAAAAAAAUGAUGAUGUAAUACUAAAUGAUAGUUAAUAGUAAUGAUGAUAUAGUGAAUAUAUUUUUGCCACAGAUAAUAAAUAUUUUCAUGUUAUUAUAUCGUGCUUUGUUUAC